AUAUGUUGACAACUAGUUGUAGCGUUGCUUCUACAAACUCGACGCGUGAACAUGCAUGACCAGCUAGCAACGAUUUCGGGAGCAAUGCAAAUAAUUUGGGACAGACGUAGGGCGCGAUGCAGAAUGUUUGGAGUAGAUUUCGGGCGCUUCGCAGAAUGGUUGAGGCAGGCUUAGAGGCAUUGUCUCACGUAAGUCUAUGCACCCGAAGUUUUUUGCCCCAACAACUCUGCAGUGCGCCCGAAAAUAAUGCUAGCUGGGUGACAUAGACCUCUUCGCUUCAUUUUAUUUACGUGUCACAAAACCUCAGAUGCCAAGUCCAGGUUCAACGACUAAAGCUGCUGUAGAAAAGCUGAAGACAGGUGAGGGAUAUAAGGUGUAGUAAGUCUGUGAAUGCAGGAUGUUCAGAAAAUUUGACCAGCAUAUCUGAACUAUCAACACAGAUUAGUGACAUAAAAUCACAGGUCUACGAAUUUGCACCUCUGAACAUCCUGACCGGGACCGUAAACCCUGGAGAACUUGACACAGAAUCAGUAACUAAGGUAGACACCUUCAUAAACUUCAUCACAACAGAGGUUGUCAAAAAACUAGAUACAAAGCCAAGUGUUAUAGUCUACCAUAUACCGGAUAAUGAGGCGAAAAUGCCUAUUUGCUAAACAAAAUGUCAUAGACUGAAAGAGUCAGCACGACUACUACUGCCCCAUACGCCUUCAGUUAUAAACACAGACAGAGGCUAAAGAAUUCACCAAUACACAUCGUAUCCUGUUAUAGGACAUGAGCUACAAAAAAAUAAAAGUUGUAGCAGUUAGGGCAGUGAUUGAAAGGUGUGCUUAGAAUCACCUCACUAGACCUAAUAGCAAGACACCUCAAUUCACCAAAAUAGAUAAACACACAGCCAACACGGUAGAACUCAUAGCCUCCUCCCUCUCAAAUCUCACAAAAAUAGCUCCACAGAACACGACACCAACUGAAAGACUUGCGAACUAUAAUCUUACUAAUAAAUUAGCCCCCUCACCCUUUGCCGUGGAUCUAGAUAUGUCUCUGGAUAGCCCGAAGACAAAUCAAUCCUUCUUGUAAGUCGACAACAUCCUCUCCUAGCCAAAACGUGAGAAUUCAAUUGGAAUCCGGUAACAAAGCAUGCUGAAAUACGAAAAAUCCCCAACAUUUUCAAACUCCUAAGAAGAAUCCACGUUAUAAGGUGAAUAAUAGUCAGUACUAUGCUAACAUCCAAAUUAAAAACACAAAUGGGGACAUAGGAUCCACAGAAAAUAACGACACAACUUGCUUGCGUACUAUGUCAAGUCACACUAGUGGCUGGUGUAGUGACACUAUCACCCAAAAAGUACAAGUGGCAACGUUCAGAGCUCAGCCAACAACCACUCCGGGUCUUCAAAGUACGACACAAACAAACUUCGACAGAAUAUACGGAACAAGUCUUCUGAGAAUCAAACCACAGUGCAGCAAUGCAUACAGCGAAACCCAUGUCCAAACAUGGGCAUCACAAGACAAUAUUGAUGGAAGACGUGUGAAUAAUUGUCAUUUUUUUCCAAAAUGUUCCCUAAGGGUAUACAAUUUGCUAACAAACCUUGGGAGUGUGCAGUUACAAAGUUCCAUCAGUUUUACGAUUACUAUCCUACAUCUGUCAUUCCUUUAAAUGGCUUUUAUGAUGUGCCAGGAUUAAUAAAACUGUGGGAAACUUUUAUCAAUGAUUUAAAAUCUGCUAUUAUGAUAGAACCAUUCAACGCAUACCAGUUGAUUAAUGCCUUUUUAAGUAAAGAGUUCAUUGAAAGUGAUAUUGACUCUUACACAUGUUUGUCGUCUCUUUUAUCAGCCAAGUGUUUUAAUAAGCACAAUGAAUUAGACAUACAUACACUUGGUCUGCUGAUUUCUGUUAUAAAGGAAAAGUUUGAUUCUAUUAGUAUUCGACGUUGCUUUCCGCAUAUCUUCCACCCUUUACUUUUUUCAAAACUAAAUAUCUCAGAAGAUGGCAGAUAUUCACUAUCUCAGGCGGAACUUAUUAAUCAGUUGAAACAGCUAACUCAAUUUUGUACAACUAUUUCAUGUGAUGGCCAACUUAUCUACAAUUUAUCACAAUUUGUUCCAGCUCAUUUUUUAUUCAAUUGGAUUCAAUUGGCGUAUUGUCUUACUAUCCAUGAAAUCGCUCAUAACGAUAAGAUGGAUUAUGAUUAUUGUUGUUAUACUACUGCGAUUGGAUUUCUAUUCAUAAUAGAAUCUAAAAAUGUUAAACAAUACGAUGUUUUUAUGAAAUUUAUUGUUGAUGAAUUAUGGAGUUCAUUGAAAAAUUUCUAUUUGCAAGCGGUGGAUUAUCUCUCUAAAUCAUCAAUGAUAACAUGUAAUGAAGAAUUGCCUAGCGAUAAAAAUGACAAUCCCAAUCAGCAAAAUGUUACUGAGGAAGAUAUUAUUGACUGUUAUUAUGAGGAGUUCGGCAGAUUGUUGAUAUUAGCUCGUUUAACAUCAAAUUUAAAUUGUCCAUUACAACUUGUACUCAGCAAUCAAACUCUUGAUAAAUUGACAUGUUUACUGUUUGACCGGUUAGCUACUCUCUGUCUGCAGCAUAGUGGGAUUACUGUACAUAAUCAUGCUUCUGUAUAUCGCGCUUUAUUCAGUGAAGAACAUUCAAUUUCUGUAAAUAAUUGGUCAGAAUUUUGGUUGAAGCCACUGGUGAACUUUAUGUAAAUAUCAUCGUUUAUUUUUAUUUUCUUUCUUUUUGUAUCUUUUCGAAUACAAUUUUGUCAUUGAGAGUUGAAUCAAAUUUAUGUAAAUAUAUAUCUGUUUUAUACCAACUGUUGAGUUCU